CACCGGAGCGUGAACGUUAAUUUGCACUGGUCUGACCCGUACCAGCACCGGAACCAGCACCGGCAGACCCCGAAACAAUCGUCGGGGCUCUGGGCUGACGGUGGUGGGUUAGCGAGGCUGACUGCUCGCCCUCCGCAGCCUGGUGCCGGGCGGUUAACUGACUCAAACACCGGUGGAGCCGGAGCGAACUGCUAACUACCAAGGUCAGAGGUCAUGUGUCUCCACCAUGAACCCGGUCCGCAAACGUCUCAGACUCGGCCCGUCCAAAGCUCCGCCCCCGGACACCGGGACCAGGACCAGUAUCUCCCAUGAUGUUCUGCCUCCAGCGGCAGGAGGCCGGGAGGAGGAGGAGGAGGAGGAGGAGGAGGAGGACACCACUGACUCCAGACUCAUCAUCACCAUGGAGGAGAGUCAGACGGAGGAGAAGGCAGCCAGGAGGAGGAAGAGGAAGAGGAGUAAACUGACCGGGGAAGGGGAAGAGGAAGAGGAGAGGGGUGGAGCCUCAGAGAGUGAGGAAGAGGAGGAGGGAGUGGAGAUUGACAGACAGCUGGACCAAUCACUGGAGACCAAGUCAAGACAACACAACCUGACGACGGUGAACGUCAGGAACAUCCUCCACGAAGUAAUCACCAACGAGCACGUGGUGGCCAUGAUGAAAGCCGCCAUGAAUGAGACGGAGGCCGUCCCUCCCUUUGAGCCGAAGAUGACGAGAGCAAAGUUCAAAGAAGUGGUGGAGAAAGGAGUGGUGAUUCCGGCCUGGAACAUCUCUCCAAUCAAGAAGAGCAGCGACCUGCCCAAGGCUCCUCAGUUCGUGGACAUCCCUCUGGCUGAUGAAGACUCCUCAGAUGAAGAGUACCACCCUGACGAGGAAGAGGAGGAUGAGACGGCAGAAGACACGUUCCAGGAGAGCGACAUGGAGAGCACGGCCUCGUCCCCCAGAGGAAGCAGGCUGACCAGGCAGGAUGAGGACAGCUGCAGCCCCUGGCAGAGAUCCAGGAGUCGCUCCAGACGGUUGAGGGCGGGGUCUGUCUCCAUGGGACCGCCCCCUCCACCCAGAGCCCCGCCCCCCAGAGCUGUGGCGGACAGUGCCUUCCUGGAGAAACUUCACGCUGUGGAGGAGGAGCUGGCUGUUUGUCUGGAGCCCUACCAGCCUCUGUCUGAGUCUGAGGACGAGUCCGGUCUGAUGGCGUACAGGACUCGGUCUAAGCGUCCUCUCAGGGACGUCCCGCUGGGCCGUCUGGAGGCGGAGCUCCAAGCCCCGGACAUCACACCUGACAUGUACGACUCCGCCCACGAGGACAGGGACUGGACCGAUUGGCUGAGAGGCCUGAUGACCUCAGACGUGGACAACGAAGAGGAGUGUGAUGAUGAAGAUGAUCCUGAGUAUAACUUCCUGGCUGACAUCGAUGAGCCCGACCUGGAGGAUUACCGUGACGACAAGGCCGUCCGCAUCACCAAGAAGGAGGUCAACGAGCUGAUGGAGGAGCUGUUCCAGACGUUGAAGGAGGACCUGGCGGGACAGGAAGUGGACGACGAAGGCCACGAGGAGGAGGAGGAGCCUCAGGAGGAAGCACGCACUGUCGAGACGCACACACCUGAAGAGAACAACGUGGCGCCGCCCGAGGACCGACCAAUCACAGAGCAGCGCCGCACGGUGAAGGAGCAGCUGGCAUUGGUCAGGAAGAGACGAGCAACGCAGAGCGACACGUGUGCAGAGUCCAACACGCUAACGCUGAACACGCAACAGAAGAGACAGCUGCAGCAGCAGCUACAGCAGCACGUCCAGCUGCUGACUCAGGUUCACCUGUUGACCUCACCUGUGAGCAGACUGCAGAGUGAAGCUGAGACCAGCCGACACUUCCUGGUGGAGCUGGACGCGUUGGCUCAGCGGGCCGAGCUGAUCCAAGCUCACCCAGGUUUCUGCAGCGCGUUCAGAGCCUCCAACCUGCAGGGGGCGCUGCAGCUGCUGGAGGAGCUGAGACAGAACCCCGUCAGCUACCGGCCGCCGCUCCCCCUGCCUGACGCCAGAGGAUACGUGCGAUGUUUCCCCGUCAUGCCGGCUGAGCUGCCCUGGCUCUUUGCCACUCGCCCCAUCUUCCUCUACCCAGAACUGUUGCCCUGUGCCAGCCUGGACCCGGCUCUCUACUGCCCCCGCAGGACGGCGGCCUUCACCGCAGCCGAGGACUGUCUGCUGGUUCUAGGUCUGAGGAACAUGGAGGGUUCCUGUGAUCCUCCUCAACUAGUGUCUCAGUUCCUGCUGAGAAAGACCAAGGCUCAGGUCACACGAAGGCUCCUGCAGUGCUGCAGACCCGGUUUCCCUGACAACAUCGUCAAGGCCUUCAGGUACCAGCGGGUCCUCUGGUCUAUGCCGGUCUCCUGCCGUCGUGUCGACCCAGCAGAACAGCGCCCCCCAGUGGAGAGGGAGGAGAGUGUCAUGCCUUUGUGGCUUCUGAGGAGUCUUCCUGUUAUCUAUGCCGCCAUCAAUGGCCUGCCUGGCCCCGCCUCCCCAGCAUCCGAGGCCACGCCCCCUGGGACCCAGAGGAGUCAGCUGACCUUCCUUCGCUCCGCCUCUUGCAGCUACAGUUUCCCCCCUGGCACCAGGUACCCGCCCCGCCUCCCUGAGAACCUGGACUUCAGACGAAUCGGCUUCGUACUGAGGAGGCGGCCCCUCCCCCUCCCCCUCCCCACACCUCCAUCUCCAUCCUCCACCGUCUCCACGGUAACCAGGGAUCAAAUUAGACGCCACAGUCGGACGCUGGCGGGCCUGAAGAGGAGCCAUCAAGACCCUGCCCCUCAUGACGUCAGGGGGGAGGCGGAGUCAGAGAGAGAACAGGAAGUGAUGCCGUCCAGAGAAGCAACAGAUGAUGCUGAUGGAGACGGAGGGACGUCCUCAGAGGGGUCCACAACGUCUGUCCAACAGGAGGAGACGUUAUCAGAUGAAGAUGUGAUGUUUGCUCAAGAUUAUCUGCUCAGAGUGUGUGAGACGGUUCAGGUGAGUCCCGGCCUGUUGGAGGAGCUGCUGCAGGUGUUGGAGGAGUUCUCGGUGAGGGGGGGGCGGCCGGGCGCCGCUGAACUUCUGUUCCAUGGGCUGAGUCGUGUCUUACAGCCGUGGCCUCAGCUUCUCCAAGACUUCGCUGCCUUUCUGAGCCGAGGACAAGCCCAACGCUGUGGACUGCUGUUGGAGCAGCAGCUGUUUGAACAUGGCCGGCAGUUUCUACGGCAACUUGGGCGUAACCUAGUGGAAGGCUCCUCCCUCUACCAGCAGGUGGUGAACCUAACCCAGGGAAGCUCCGCCCCCUCACCUGAGGACAUUAAGCUCCAGGCUCUGCUCAGACAGCACCCCCCCCUGCAAGACCACCUCCACUGCCUCCUGCAGCAGCGCCUAGCAACCACCUCCAAGGUCUCAGACACGCACUCAGUUUCCCAGAAUCCUCCUGACAGGAAGCAGGAGUCUCAGGCAGGAAGCAACGGGGAGGAGGAGGAGGAGGAAGUGGAUGAAGAGGAAGAGGAGGAGGAGGAGGAGGAAGAGGAAGAGGAAGAGGAGGUGGAAGAUGAAGAGGAGGAGCGACGAAGGGUUUGUGCUAAAAACAUCUCGAUUACGUCCAGUGGAGAGAAGGUCGUCGUCUGGACCCGCGAGGCCGACCGCUCCAUCCUGACGGCCUGUCGGGAGAAAGGAGCCACCUGGAAGACAUUCAGACAGGUGUCGUCCCAGCUCGGGAACAAGACAGUCCAACAGGUUCGCCUUCGGUUCCAGGACCUGAUGAAGCUUUUCCACUCUGUAUCUACUUCCUGUUCCUCUGAGGGCCGGCCAAUCAGCAGACAGGAGGCGCCUCCACACUGACCAAUCACCAGCUCCACAGCUCAUCAAUAAUCACUGGUUCACUGUUCAUGUUAUUGACCAUCUGACUGAGGAAGGUUCAUUAUUUAUGUUUAUUUAUGAGGAGGCGGAGUCUCACUGAGGUCACGUGACACAUGACAUGUACUGGGGUUCCCACGACCCUUAGAGGCCUUGUUUAUAUGUUUGUUUAUUCAUAUUGAAUAAAACCAAUAAAACCUUUUUACAACA